AUCAAAUUCCAACGCAAUAGGCCAUCCCUAAGUCAACAAUUCUUUUCAUGCACAUUACCAUUUCAUUAGAGUUUGUACCCCAAAUUGGCUUCAUACCAAUUGCUGACUCAUCUCGGAACCGAGGUGCCGAUCAGAUCCGCCGCUUCGACGCUCUGCGCGACCAACGUGACUAUAUCGACCUAUACCCCAAGAAAGAAGCAAAAUAGUUCCGCAAAAUCCUUCCAGAAAGUAUGAGCUUUUGAGGUUCCGAUACACCGGUAGUAGAAUUAUGGGCACCCCGAUAGAUCGUGAAGAGAUUGACCGCGUGCUGCGAAUGAAACGCAAUCAGCGCGAGGCUCGAGCGUGUUAUCCUUGCCGCCAGCGCAAGGUGAAAUGCGACAGCACUCAGCCGUGUCGAACAUGUCGCCGACGAGGCCAUCCCCAAAUAUGUGUGUAUGACCAAGGUUCGUCUGGGUCUAAAAAGGCUCGUAGCACCGGCCAAAGACGUUCCUCUGCUGCUUCUCGUGGAACAAAUCAGACACCAACCGCCGAGCAGGCAUUCGAUGCCGAACCACAAUCUCUGCCCUCAGCGCGCAGUUUACCAGAAGUCCAGCCAGAAACAAGACAGUACUAUAGUACUCGAAUCCCGUCUUCCGAUGGCCCCGAUAAUGAUCUUAUCUACUCGGGCGACAACUCGGUAUUGUCUUAUUUGCGCAACCGGACGCAAGAUACCAAUGGCUCCAUGACCCGUGAGGUGGGCUCUGUUCUAGGCCUGCAAAAUACCUACGGCAGUUAUCCAUUUAUGGACUUUCGGACACCCCAGGACCGGUGGAAGGAGCUUCUACGUAUUAUUCCGCAGCGAGCGGAACUGUUGAAGUUCUUCCAUUUCUACAGAAUAUCAGCUUACCCUUUCAAUCCGAUCAUACUUGACAUUGAGAGAUUUGAGCAAGAUGUGUGUUCAUACCUCAAUGCUCUUGCAGCAGGAGAGCUGCAGAACACUUCAAAGAUUUGCGAACGUUGGGCCACUGAUCGGUCUGUCGGGCUGAUCAGCCUGCUACUUGCGGCCUUGGCUUCCGGUGCGCAUUAUUCUGACCUGGAUUACAUGCAAAGAACAGAGCUAUGCCAGGAUUUUGCAAAACGAUCCUUUCAAGCUCUUCGACUAGCCAAUUUUCUUUUCCGUCCGACGAUGGAUAUAAUACAAGCACUUCUAAUCAUAGGAAACACUCUGCAAAACAAUGGCCAGUCUGAUGCAGCAUGGGUUUUGUUAGGGACAACAGUCCGUCUCGCGCAGACAUUAGGUCUUCACACAGAAAAGAGUGUAGCACGCCUACCGGAUCAUGUCAAAUACAAAGCACGAAAGCUAUGGUACACUGUCGUUUGGCAAGAUUGCCUGCUCUGUUUAUGUUACGACCGGCCUCGCGUAGUCUCUAUGACCGGGUGGGCUCCAGAUUAUUCAAUCCUCUCGAGCAGCGAACUAUCUUUCACAGAAGCUAUGUAUUUUCUAUGCCAAACUGCCUUAAAUAUGAUCACAACAGACGGACCGGAGAUAUCGGAAAAUGCGCGACAGCUUGACAUUUUGGCCACGAUUGAUAGCCUCAACCAACGCACUCAGCCACAUCUGCGUGACCGCCAGGAAUGCAAAAACCUCCAACACAAUCUGGAGCACCUGGCGUUACGAAUGCACAUGUCUCUAGUUAUUUCCGUCCUGACACGUCCAGCACUGAAGCGCACUGUAAUGCAAGACGCGUCCUAUGACAUCUUGCGCACCCGCGCCAAAUUGAGCCUGAUCGACGCCUCUAGGGCCUUUUUGGAUUUUCAGGCUCUGAGUGUGGUACCCCUCCGAAGCUGGUCAAUGGUGCACACGGUGCUUAGUUCCACUUUACUUCUCUGCAUUUGGGAGGAGACCCGAAACGAUCCCGAGUGUCGUGAUUUACAGCAAAAGGUGAUUGAGGUCUUUUCUGCCGCUGGCACAGUGGGCACAGUGGAGAACACAGCAUCGGAGAAUGGGCAAUGGCUAUCGGAACGGCAUAUACGAGCGCUAAUCACACUGCGCAAUUCGGUCCGAACGGCAGUCGAACGUGAAAAGGAGGAGGCAAGCGUUGGGACAGAACGCGCGGAGCAGGCCCAGCCUUUUUUUCCUGUCUAUGGUAUGCCGAACGGGAUCCCGGAUGACUUCGGUCAAGACUUCUCACCAGCAAGCUAUCUUGACUCCAUUAUGAACGUACCCAUGUUUGACUUAUCCCAAGAGCUGGGUUUUCUUUGAGCUAUCCAUGACGUUAUGCGGCCCCUCGGGAACGGUACUCGGUGGUUCGGAGGCCUCGGACUAAACGGCAAAACGGGGCCACACCAAGAUUGACCAUAACGCAGGGAAGGGUCCGAAGAGAAAUCGAACCCAGCAAAAAGCUUUCAACUCAGGGACUUACUGUAGCUACCGGGUUGCCACUGGGCUAUAUAUAUACUUGACAGUCCAGCUUCCUGACGGCUACCAUUGCAGUCCAUACAGUCCAUACAUCCAGACAAAGCAAACCACAACGGGAACUUUCAGUCUACGCAAUUGUGCCUACCACAACACUACAUAUUCCACAUCAACACAUAUGUUCAACUCACUUCUAUCCGGUACUACUACACCAAACUCCGGCCGUGCAUCUCCUCCCGCCAGCGAAAUGCCCAUCGAUAAUGAUCACGUGGCCGUUGCCCGUCCAGCUCCCCGCCGCCGCAUUGUAGUAGCCAUGACGGGUGCCACUGGAGCCAUGCUCGGCAUCAAAGUCCUAAUUGCUCUGCGCCGUCUAAAUGUGGAGACACACCUGGUGAUGAGUAAAUGGGCGGAGGCUACGAUCAAAUACGAGACUGAC